UGAAGUCAUUUAGUGUGAAUAUAGACACCUCUAGAAGAAGUCGAUCGUUUUCGGAAUGCUUUUCGAAGUUAUUGAAUAAUAAUUGUUUUCACUUUAAUCGCUCACCGUUCUCAUUGUAAAUAAAAAGCAACUGAAGCAAUUUUUUUAACUUCAUUCACAAUUCGCCUGUUAAGUUCAAUAAGUUGAAAAAAAAAAUAAUUUUAAAAACAAAGCAAAAAAAAAUUGUCGUGAAUUAAAAAACAAUUUGAUAAAAAUCAGCAAAAAAUGAGCCACGAUUGGGGAUACACAACUGAAAACGGCCCAGAAAAAUGGCACGAGAAGUUUCCAUUAGCAAAUGGCAUCCGUCAAUCACCAGUCAACAUUAUUACAUCGCUGACAAAACAAAGCACGGACUUACAAGUUAAUCCAUUACGUUGGACUUAUGUACCUGAAAAUGUCAAAUGCUUGAUCAAUCCUGGAUAUUGCUGGAGAGUAGAUGUCAAUGCAAAAGGCUCGGAACUGACUGGUGGACCACUAAACGAUGAUAAAUAUGUGAUUGAACAAUUCCAUUGCCAUUGGGGAUGCUCUGAUGGUCGCGGAAGUGAGCACACUGUUGAUGGUCAAUCUUUUUCAGCUGAACUUCAUAUUGUUCAUUGGAAUUCUUCAAAAUACAAUUCCUUUCAGGAAGCUGCAGGACAUCCUGAUGGAUUGGCAGUGUUGGGUGUCUUUUUGAAGGUUGGAAGUGAACAUGAAGAAUUGGACCAAAUUGCACGAUUGAUGCCAUACAUUGGACAUAAGGGUGAUAGAAUUACGCUUAAGUCAGUUGAUAUUGCCAAAUUUUUACCAGAAAACAAAGCAUAUUGGACAUACGAAGGAAGCUUAACGACACCACCAUUUAAUGAAAGUGUCACUUGGAUUUUAUUCAAGGAGCCAAUGUAUGUCUCAUCUGAACAAAUCACCUUGUUCCGUGAGCUAAGACGCUAUGAUGUUAAUGAUGAAUGUCCAUGCAAUGAACAAAACUGGCUUGUCUACGACUCAGUCGAGGAAGAUCCAGGCAAGAUUGUCAACAACUUCAGGCCACCAUUAGAGUUGGGCAACCGUGAACUUCGCGAAGUUGGUGAACAUUAAACAAAUUAACCGCAGAAUAUUAUUAUUAUUUUAAUCGAUGUCAUGUAGUUUGUAGGAGCAAAAAGAAUCUAGUGCUAACAUUUAUUCUCCACUUAUGGAAAAUGAAUUCAUCUUUAUUGAAAGAAAAAGAUGCUGAUUUGUUGAUCAAAUUCUUAUAAAAUACGCCUUUCUCUAGGAGACACAUAUGACAUAGCAUCACAAAUCUGUCGUUACGAUAUCAAUUAGUGAGCAUGAUCAUUGCUUUUUUUGUUAGAGGUCUAUGUUUGCCUUUUGAAAAGGUCUUUAAAAAAACUUUUUAAUUGCACUGUUAUUCAAAAUAUUAGGUGCUAUAUCAUCAUUAUUAUUAUUAUAAUACGUAUGUAGAGAUCUAGACUUAUGCAUUUCUAAUUCGAAAUAUUACUUUGUAAAAAAAUAAAUGUAGAAAAAUGUUAAAAUUAAUAAAAUAUAUAUAAUGUAAAUGUUUUUGAGCUAGCAGAG